GCUUUCGCCUGUGUGAGCCAGUGGCCAUUCCUCCAGUGCAGGUGCCGGAGCACGUGGAAGAGGAUCUCCAGCAGAAAGAGAUCUUCUCGCUGCUGAAGGAGGCUACAGAUCUCAGGAGGCAGCAGCAGCGACUCGAGAUGCAGAUUUCGCAAGCGCAGGAUGCCAACGCGAGUCUGCAGAGUUCUUGGAGCGCGCUGUCCCGAGUCUCUACGACUCUCGCUUUUGGCUCUGGGCCGAGCCCGAAGAAGGAGGGGGACGCCCCUUGGCCGGAAGAUCGACUGGAGAAGGGCGAGGCCGAUGUUUCAACCGCUGCGCCGCUGGAGGGCAGCGAGGUUCUCAUCACCUCACAGCUCACACUCGCGAGAGAAGCGCACGACGCUGCCCUUCGUUUGCGCGAAGCAGAGGCCGCGGUGAGCACCUUGCAAGCCGACUCGGAAGCCUUGGAGAAGCAGAGUCGGCUGGUCGAGGAAGAGGUCCAAGAGAUGGCUGGACCACUGAAGGAGCUGGAGGCUUUGCGGGAGGAAGGCUCCCGGCGCGCCGAGCGAUUGGAGGCGCUGAAGAGCCGCGAGGAGGCGACUCUGCAGGCUCUAGCCGAGCUCUCCACGAAGCGCAUUGCGCUUCAGGAGGCAGCUGGGAAGCUGCAGGAGGAGUUGCAGGAGACAUCAGCGAAGGAACUGCCCCAGGUGGCCAAGCGGCGACGCGAGGCGGACUUGGAGGCACAAAGAGCGCAGCAAGCACAUGCAGGGGCUAAGAGCCGAUGGAAGACAGAGGUGCAGAUGUGCCAAAGUGCACUGCAAGCUGAAGAGAAGCAGCUCGCACGGUUGCUGGCGC